UAUGUGUUUUCCCAUUUCCCAUGGCAUUUUCUUUGUGCAGUACAUUGUGCAGUGUGUUUCAUCUCUAGCAGAACGUUUCCGUUGUUAAGUUUGCUUUAGCUUUUUCUAUGUGUUUGGAAAUUUGCGUCGUUAAUGAUUUUGGAGCUCGUUUCCCUUAAUGUUUCUGCUUUCGCUUUUGAUGCGCGGUUGGCCUUCUGGGUGUCCGUAUGUUUUUAAUCUCACGUGGUUUUGUGAAAGGAAUCCGGAAAAGCAGUGGAAAACGGAACGAGCGCGAAAUUGUGACAUUGUGUACGAAUAAAAAUGCCUGACUUGUUUUUGCACGGGAGGCCUAAUGUGUUUUUCAUAUUAAUCGAACUACAAGCGUCAAAUCUAGCACAUGUGUUUUUUCUUUUCAUAAAGGUUUAGAUUGUUAACAAGAGUGUGUAUGCGUGUUAGCUACAGUAGCAAGCUAUUUUACGAGGUGUGUAUUUACGUGCUGCGAUUUCAAGUUCAGACAUGAAUAGAUUAUACCAGACACGACGACGUUCAAAACCCGAUGCAUCCCGUGUCAACUGGAGGAAGACUCGCGUCUCCCUUACAUCCUGCCUGGACGACAGCGAAUCCGAAACGAGCACUCCCAGCACUAGCUCAGAAAGUGAAUUUGAGAAUGAUCAAAGUGAGGAAGAAUCUCCUCCAGAAGUUGCAGUGGACCACAAACCCAACAGAGAAGGUAGCGAUGCCGAAGAGGUAUGUGCGGUGCCACAAUCUCGACGAAAGAGGUUUUCUACUACCAUUCUUACUGAAAGUUCCAGCGACUCUGACAGCGACGUGGGGGGACGACCAGUCAGAAAACUUUUGCCUAAAAAACGCCAGAACCUCCAACUUUCCGACUCGGAGGCAGAGGCUGCUGCAAAACAGGAUGCGGAAAAGAAGGCUGCCGAGGUGAAAGAGACAGCUGCAAAGAGGAGAGAUAGACGGAACAAGCUAUUGGAACUGUCAAAGAAGAGGCGGUCCCGUACAUCAAGGUCCAGACGCAGAAAAUUAGAGGGUUCAAGUGAGGCAGAAUGCCACAGCAAUGAUGGGAAUGAUGAUGAGAAAGAAGAGUGUACCUCAUAUCAAGAGGUACACAGCAGUGAAGAGGAAGAGGGAGAUAAGGACAGUCUCAAAGACUUUAUUGUGGAGAGUGAUGAUCAGAAAGGUGGGGAAGGUUCUUCAGUGCAGGGGGCAGAAGGAUCAUUGCUCUCUCAUCAUCUUCCUCAGUUUGUCCCUGGAUCCAUGCUCACACAUUUCCAGGUGGUGGUAAAAGCCUUUUUGAUCAAUGCUCUGGAUGAGUCAUUUCUCAAGUCUUUGUAUGAUGGCGAGAGGACAAAGAAGUAUGCCCUGGAGAUGAAAAACUCCCUUUACCACCUGGAACAGCGCUGUAUUCUUCCGCGACUGGAGAACCUAAAACAGAGGAGCCGUUGGAGCGACAGGUACAAGGAGCGUGUGGAGUGUUACCCAAAAGCGCGGGUCAUGAUGACAGGGGUGCGGGAGCGAUCCUGUCAGGCCUGCGAGCUUCACAGGAACUGCCGUUUCACAGUGCAACUCUCCGGACAGCUCUAUGACAACAGGACCCUGAAACAGGACGAGUUCAUGCCUGAUGACACACAGGCCUUUCAGGUGGGCAAUGUCUGUGCCCGCCGCACUGAGGUGUACCACCAGCUCAAGCAUUUCAAGUACCACCUGUUCUGCCGCUGCCAGGCGGUGCUGAAAGAGGAAGAGCGUGGGGGGGAAGAGGAUGAGGAGGAGCCGGUGAAGGACACUGUCGUCAGGGUGUUAACCAAGCUGCAAACGUCUGGCUGGAUCACUGAGCAAUAUGAGAAGUUGCAGGACUACCUGAAUGACGCCGAUUACUUUCAGGAGGAAAAGCUUGACUGAAGACCCAAGUUAACCCAAGACCUAAUCCAAGUUCGGUUUCUUUCCUAGCCAAAAUUCCUUGCGCUUGUGAAAAUCUUAUCAUAAUGAAGAGUAAUUAGAUCACACUAGUUUAAAAGUAGAUUUGUGAAUGAAACCGCUCCUCUUCGGGGGGGCGCUUUGGGUUUUUGAUCUGCUGAGAAUGUUCCUAUUCCUUCCUGAUGUUCCUAUUCCUUCCUGGACAGGUGUGCAGUGCAUGCAGCACAUAUAUUUGCUCAUUUAUUGAAUGUUUAUAUUAACAUUUUAAGGUUAUUUCUUGUUCCCUGUUUUGUGGAAUGUAAAAAUACAUUUUUACAUGUACAAUAUUUCUGUUUUGUACAAAGAUUUGUUUCCAGCUGUAUUUUUUAUUUUAUUUUAUUCAUCUUUUCUUGAUUAAAAUUCAUUUUACUUUA